CCGUGCUCCCAGAGUGUGCAGUGUGGCGAUCGGCGGUGUGCUGUGUCCCUCGGACACAGCGGAUCACCGAUCCAUGGAAAGAGCCGAAGAUGUCGGCUCGGUCAUGUGAUCAGCUGUGUCCAAUCAAAGCUGAUCACAUGGGACAUGUACACAGAUCAUCAGAGCACUGAUGAUCAGUGUGCCCUGAUGAUCUGUGUAGCCCCAGCAGCGCCACCUGUCAGUGUCCAUCAGUGCCAGCUCUCAGUGCUCAACCAUGCCACCUGCCAGUGCCCAUCAGUGCCAUAUCAUUGCCACAUUUCAGUGCCCAUCAUUGCCACAUCAAUGCCACAUAUCAGGGCCCAUCAGUGCUGCCAAUAAGUGCCGCCUAACAGUGCCAGUCAGUGCCCCCUAUCAGUGCCAGUCAGUGCCACCUAUCAGUGUGCAUCAGUGCCGCCUAUCAGUGCCUGUCAGUGCUGCCUAUCAG